GGCAAUGACUCACUGGAAUGCCGCAUCACACUUUUUGUUGUUUUGAUGUGAUAUUUCUUUUUCAAUUUUUUAUUUUUUUUUCUUGUGGGGUUCCUGCUUUUCUGCAUCUGCACCCUGCACAGAGAGGAGGAGAGAGCAGCAGCCGGAAUGAUGGAGAUGAAGAGAGAAUCUUUCCAUCAGUAUGGAUCCCUGGAGCGCACGCCGUGGAGCAGAGACAACAACAAAGCAGAGGACGAUGUGGUGUCCAUGGCAGACUCCAGCCUCACUGCAGACGAUAUCGAGGGCGAACUCUUCAAGAUCGAGAGGAUUAGAGACGUUCUGGUCCGCAGGGAGUCAGAGCUCAGAUACAUGAUGGAUGACAUUCAGCUGUGCAAGGAGAUAACUCGACUCAAAAAGGAGCUGCACAAAUUAGUGUCCCUGCCAGAUAAGGACAAGUCCAACGAGGACCGGCAAAAGGAAGAGGAACUUCUGCAGCAAAUUCACAAACUGGUGGAAACCAGAGAUUUCCUUGUGGAUGAUGUCGAGUUUGAAAGACUCAGGGAGAAGGAGGAAGAUAAGGAAAUGGCUGACUUUCUGAGGUCGAAAUUUCCAAGACACCUGCAGAAAACAGGUGUGCCAACAAGGCGAGUCGCACCCAGGGCCCAGCAGAACUCCUCUCCCUUCGCCAAAACGGGCCUCACCCUGCUGAAGGAGUGCUGCGGCUUCACGUGCUCCGUCAUGUAGCUUCCCUUCUUGCCAGUUUAAACGUCCGCAUAUAAGAGCUCCAUUUCAAGUCCAAGUGUAAAAAGAAGCCAACGGAAUCAUAUCCCUCAGCGUGUUAAGUUGUCUGUAGAAUGGAUUCCGUGAGGUUGUCCGGCGGGCCGCCGGCUCACACGCUUCUUGUGACCAAUCAAACUACAGAUACACAUCUGUGUUGCCAAGAAGAAUAGUUUCCAUGGCAACCUCAUGUAACCCCCCCCCCCCCAUACCGUUACAAUGUAGAGAUUCACAGGAUGAUACUGUGUGUAUGUGUGCAUGCAGGGAAUGAUAUUGCGCUUAUCUGUUUGGUUAUGUUUUGAGGUUUGAAAAAAAACCAAAAAGUACUGCUAUUACUGACCCAUACUACAGUACAUCUGAUCUUGUAUUUACCUCAUAAAUGCUUUGGCUCACCAUUAUUUGUAGAAAACAGGCAUGUACAUCCACGCUUGCGUAGCUCAUGUUAUUGGCCUUUUUUGUUAAAGGCCUACUGAAACCGACCACGCAGUCUGAUAGUUUAUAUACCAAUGAUCAAAUAUUAACAUUGCAACACAUGCCAAUACGGCCUUUUUAGCUUACUAAAUUGCAAUUUUAAAUUUGGCGCGGAGUAUCCUGUUGAAAACAUUGCGGGAUGAUGACGCGAUGAUGAAGGGACAUAUUAUCCCAGCACCACUUACGGCUAAAAGUCAUCUCUUUUCAUCGCGCAAUUACACAGUAUUUUGGACAUCUGUGUUGCUGAAUAUUUUGCAAUUUGUUCAAUUAAUAAUGGAGAAGUCAAAGUAGAAAGAUGGAGGUGGGAAGCUUUUAGCCUUUAGCCACACAAACACACGGUGAUUCCUUGUUUAAAAUUCCCGGAGGUGAAGCUUUACUAUGGAUCAGAGCGGUCAAGCGAACAUGGAUCCCGACUACAUGUGGAAAUUGUGGAAAUAAGUCGCCUCUUACAUAGGGUCGGGUAUCAAGUAUCGAUUGGAACCGGGACUAACUUUCCGAUUCUCCCAGAAUCGUUCAAAAGUUUAAAUUUCGAACACCAACGAAGAAGCGCCCACCGCCGGAAGUGUUAGCAUAGCCGAGCCUAUGUAGCCGAGCGAGUCAGUCAAACAUGGAUAGCGGGCGUCGACGGUCAAAAGUGUGGCUUUAUUUUGCUGGAAAAAAAAUGAAAUAUCGGCGAAAUGUAACACGUGCGACAGCACUGUUUCGUGCUUAGGAGGGUGCACGUCGAACAUGAUGAAGCACCUCCGAGUUCAUGGAGUACAAAUAAAUGCGUGUCCCGUCUUCGACAGGUGACACUAUCUGUCCAGAAGGCUCUAGCAUCCUGCCAGAGAAGGCGGGUAUGGUCAUUUUCCUAAACAAGAACUGUCUCUGAUUUUAUACUGUACCUGCUGCUAAUCAGGACUGGGUUUUGCAAGUUGUUUCUUAUUGUUUAUUUGCUUUUCUGCACCAGGUUAGCCCAUCAGUGGGAGCACGGUAACAUGUUUAAGUACCUGCAGUAUCAUACACUUGCGUGUGUAAAUGUGUUUUCAUGAGGUUUUCAAAAAAAAAGCUCUCUUGAUGAAAGUGUACCCCUGUAAAAAUGUAUUCAUCCAUCCAUCCAUCAUCCUCCGCUUAUCCGAGGUCGGGUCGCGGGGGCAGCAGCCUAAGCAGGGAAGCCCAGACUUCCCUAUCUCCAGCCACUUCGUCUAGCUCUUCCCGGGGGAUCCCGAGGCGUUCCCAGGCCAGCCGGGAGACAUAGUCUUCCCAACGUGUCCUGGGUCUUCCCCGUGGCCUCCUACCAGCUGGACGUGCCCUAAACACAUCCCUAGGGAGGCGUUCGGGUGGCAAAUGUAUUCAUAAUUUAUAAUAUUUAUAUUGAAGUUCAUAGAUUUGAUGUUUGCAUGCUAGUUGAAAACAACCCUGUGUGGAAUUUAUAGUAAAGUUCAUAAAAAGUUCAAAAAGUUAAUAGAAUGAAAAUUGAUGGAGAAUGUCAGACUAUUUCAUUCAGAAAGACUGUAGGUUAGUUAGCUCAUUUAAAAUAUCCUAAAAAAAUAUUUUAACCGUGCCUUUUUUUUUUCUUCUUUUUUUUAAAGAAAGAAUCGAGAAUCGUCAGGAAUCGGAUUCGAAACAAAGAAUCGGAUUCGAAAUCGUUCGAAUUCAAACGAUACCCAACCCUACUCUUACCGGAGAUAAGCGGAGCCAGCGUCCUCCUGCAGCUGCCGUGACUUCUCUCAGAGAGU